ACACACACACACACACACACACACACACACACACGAACGAAAGGGUACUAUUACCAGACCAGAAAUUGUGAAGAGUUCUUAGAAGAUAGGAAAAGCAGAUACUAUCAGUUUGCUUAAUUUUGAAAAACUGGAACACCUGCAACAGAAAAUCAAAGCCCACUGCAGGAAAUUUUAAGAAGAGAGUCAACAGAAUCGAAGCACUGCACAAAGGCUUCAGUCAACUGAGAGAUUAAAGAGUUGUUCUCUGAGAACAGAUCUGUUGGCCCCUGUCCUGAUCUGACCCUGCACCGACCAACCUCCACCCUGCUUACACUGAGCAUAAACACUACUGGCAUUUGACACUCUUCUAUCCUCCAAAGCUAUACUCCAAAGCCAGUGAAUUGCUUGGCCAGGAAAAGCACCCACAUUAGAGCAGGGUUUCAGGCAACUGAAGGACUGCACAGCAGAAGGGAAAUAACAUGAAAACAUAUAUCUACCUAGAAGAGAGAUCUACUAAAGGCUUCCAAUGCCAGAGAAAUGCCUUGCCUUUGACAUUUGGGAUACAUCCUAUCCUACCUGAAAGCUCUAAACCAUUAUCCCCAAAGGAUAAGACCAUUCCCUAAUUGACACACUCCAUCCUCCCAUUCAUAGGAGAAGCCUAUUAGUGGAAGGACAUCAUAACUGUAAAUCAAAUCUAUGCUAAUUACCCAGUAACCGAAGGUAUCCUUGAUUUUCAACCACAAAUGGAUGAAGGCUUGCCAGAUGUUUGAGGAAAGUGAAGAGGAGGUCAUGAGGAACAAAGAGAACUAAUUCCUUAGGGGGAAAAAACCCGUAACACAGGAAACAGAAGAGAACUACUAAAAAUUACAAAUUCAUAUUCUUAGAAUAUCAAGGAAGAUUAUAGGCUUAUAAAAAGAGAACAGACUGUCACAGAGGGUAACAAUUAGAGGAGAGGAAGUCAUUGGAUACUAGAAAUAUUAUUGCAAAAUUAAAAAUUCAACAGAGGUCAGAUAGUGCUGAGUCACCCAGGUUGCACACGGAACUCUACACUCCCACUCCCCACCUGCUCCAACGGUCCCUAGGGCCCACUUCCGCUCCUGGGCAGACCCACCGCCAUUCACCCACCGCCCGGCGUGGACCCUGCCCUCUGCCAGCCACAGCUUCCAGUCUACAGCCGGUGCUUGGGAGCUGCCUUUGUAGCUUCACAUUUUCCUAUUCACAGCACCGCCGCCCACCAUGGCCACUGCUGUGCCCUCCCAAGUGCGCCAGAACUACCACCCCGACUGUGAGGCUGCCAUCAACAGCCACAUCAACCUGGAGCUCCAGACCUCCUACCUGUACCUCUCCAUGGCCUUCUACUUCGACCGCGACGACGUGGCCCUGAAGCACUUCUCCCGCUACUUCCUGCACCAGUCGAAUGAGGAGAAGGAGCGCGCGGAGAAGCUGAUGGGCCUGCAGAACCAGCGCGGUGGCCGGAUCUGCCUUUACGACGUCAGGAAGCCUGACCGCGACGACUGGGGUGGCGGGCUGCAGGCCAUGGAGUGGGCUUUCCACCUGGAGAAGAGCGUCAACCAGAGCCUCCUGGAGCUGCACCGGCUGGCCACCAUCAAGGGCGACGCGCAGCUCUGCGACUUCCUGGAGAGCCACUACCUUCACGAGCAGGUCAAGACCAUCAAGGAGCUGGGUGGCUACCUCACCAAUCUGCGCAAGAUCAGGGCCCGGGACGCUGGCCUGGCAGAAUACCUCUUUGACAAGCUCACCCUAGGUGGCCGUGACAAGGAGAACUGAGCUGGGACUGUCCCCACAGCCACGGGUGCCUUCCCUGGGUCAGGCCAUCAGCCUGGCAUGUAUAUUGCUCUUUCAGAACGUUCACUUAAGUUUUUUCCUUUCAGUGUUACCAUUGUUUCCAAUAAAGUUAUCUGGUUCUUGAAGCAGUAAA